AUGGUUGAUUCUGUACUUUAUGGGUUAGCUGAAGAAGCUUUGAAGAAACUGGGAGGUAGCGCACUGAAUGAGAUUGCCUCCGCUUGGGGCUUCAAAGCUGAGCUUGAUAAGCUCCACGACACCAUCACAACCGUGAAAAAUGUGUUGGAUGCUGAGAAAAGGCAAGCUGAUGAACUUGAUGUUCGUGAUUGGCUUGAAAGGCUUACCUUUGUUGUCUAUGCUGCUGACGACUUGUUCGAUGAGCUCAACACUAUUGCAUCUCGCAGACAACUUAUGGGUGAAAACUCAAUAUCCAUGAAGUUUCCAGAAAAAUUAGGAAGAUUAGGGAAAAAUUGGAUGCCAUAG